AUGGUUAAUAUUAAGUACUUGGAAAAGUUUGAACGCGAAAUUGUUUUGAAUGAAGCCAUAAAUGAAAGAAAAAGAGCAUUUGAACUUGCGAAAUCACAAUUUGUAUAUCCUUACAAGGUUUUGGGUAGUUUUGCUGUAGUGAUUCUUUCUGGAUUAUCUGCUUAUCGGUAUAAAAUGUUGCUGCACUUAAUACCAGCAGCAAUAGCGAUUCCUUACUUAGCAUGUGAAACAGAUUUUUGCUAUGGACGGAGAACAGAGCGAAUUAAAAGAAGAGCAGAUUUUUUAUAUCGGAAAAGGUUAGCGGAGUCUGGGCCCCAUAUUCUGAUAGACGAUGUAAAACAGCGUUUUAAAGAUUUGGAAGAAGGGAGAGCAUUAGAUUAA